AUGUUAGAGAAAAGCUCCAGGAUCCCGGCGCAAAAUCACAUCAUCGACUUCGAUGUGGUGCGUACCGACUGGCUCGGUGGCCUGACGCAUGGAAUCUUGACCUUCCGCAGAAACCCAGAAGCCAGUGAUCGUGAGAAGAAGGAGGCUGCAAAAAUUUUGGCAAACUUGGCAUGGAAUGGUGAGAACAAGGCAGCCAUCGCAGCUGCGGGUGGCAUUCCUCCGCUGGUAGCACUGGUCGCAAGUGGCAGCGAUUCUGCCAAGGAAUAUGCUGCACUGAAUGACCAGAACGAGGCAGCCAUCGUAGCUGCGGGUGGCAUUCCUCCGCUGAUAGCACUGGUCACAAGUGGCAGCGAUUCUGCCAAGGAAAAUGCUGUAUACGCUUUGGCAAACUUGGCAUGGAAUGAUGAGAACAAGGCAGCCAUUGCAGCUGCGGGUGGCAUUCCUCCGCUGGUAGCACUGAUCACAAGUGGCAGCGAUUCUGCCAAGAAAUAUGCUGCAGGUGCUUUGGCAAACUUGACAGGGAAUAGCCAGAACGAGGCAGCCAUCGCAGCUGCGGGUGGCAUUCCUCCGCUGGUAGCUCUGAUCACACGUGGCAGCGAUUCUGCCAAGGAACACGCUGCACGUGCUUUGCGAAACUUGGCAGUGAAUGACCAGAACGGGGCAGCCAUCGCAGCUGCGGGUGGCAUUCCUCCGCUGGUAGCUCUGAUCACAAGUGGCAGCGAUUCUGCCAAGGAACACGCUGCACGUGCUUUGGGAAACUUGGCAGUGAAUGACCAGAACAGGGCAGCCAUCGUAGCUGCGGGUGGCAUUCCUCCGCUGGUAGCUCUGAUCACAAGUGGCAGCGAUUCUGCCAAGGAACGCGCUGCAGGUGCAGCCAUCGCAGCUGCGGGUGGCAUUCCUCCGCUGGUAACUCUGAUCACAAGUGGCAGCGAUUCUGCCAAGGUAUAUGCUGCAGCUGCUUUGGGGAACUUGGCAAGAACUGACCAGAACAGGGCAGCCAUCGCAGCUGCGGGUGGCAUUCCUCCGCUGAUAGCACUGGUCACAAGUGGCAGCGAUUCUGCCAAGGAAAAUGCUGCACUUGCUUUGGGAAGCUUGGCAACAAAUGACCAGAACAGGGCAGCCAUCAUGGCAGCCGGCGGAGUCCAAGCUAUUCAGGAGAUGGCCAAAGAUGGCAAGAUGCUGGUGCACCGACAGGUGGCGCAGGAAGCUCUGAAGCAUUUUCCCCGCGAGUCCGACUCUGCAGAGGGCGGCGAUCCGGCGACAAAGCCGAGCACUAUUGUCUCCGCGGAGAAGCUUCGGGGUGAGAUCAGGACGCUGGAAUCUGGAAACGAAGAGCUGAAGGCCAAAGCAGCUGAGAAGCUCGGAACUUGGGCAGCCGUUUCGGAUGAGAACAGAGUCGCCAUCAGCAGAGAAGGUGGAGCUGAGGCAUUGGUGGCUUUGCUGGUGACUGGCAGCGAUGAUGCCAAAUGGCAUGCUGCCAGGGCCUUACGAAAUCUCGCAAAUAAUUUUGAGGCCAAGGACGUCAUCCUGAAGGCCGGUGGGAUUGCCACAUUGGAGCCUCUUGUGAGGCACGGGAAAGGGAAGGUGAAAGAGGCUGCGGAUGAGGCUUUGAAAAUUCUGUCUCAAAAGCAGGAAACCAAGUCCAUCCAGGCUACAGGACACGGAAAGAUUGCAGAAGCAGGAGACAAAAUUCCAACUGGGGAAGGCGCUCGGGUGGCCAUGUUUUCUGCCAGAUUCGAUGGAGGCCCGAUUGAACAGAUGCUCAGCUGGGGUUAUGAUAUCCUGAUGGUGACUGCAGAUGCUGGCCAAAGCUUCGGGGAUUUGACCACCAAAUACCUGGGGCGGCUGCGCAAAGAAAAUGGCACCAUGAUUGCUGUGUGUACCAAGCACUACGGCGAGAUGACUGCUUCUGCUUAUUCCUCCCACAAGGACAGGGAGCUGAAGUUUGCCCUGGACUAUGAGGAAUUUGUGAAAGUCUUGCCGCUCAAGGUGGAUGACACGUACCCACCAGAGCCACCAGGUGGGCCUGGUCACGCGUAUGACAAAGAGUACCUUGCUCGAGGAUAUAUUCUGAGUGUCUUCAAGCCGAGCGUCGUGUUCCUGGAAUGCCGGGAAAAAUCGGAAAUAGAAAUCGCCGCACAAAUUGCCAAUGUCCUCCAAAGGCACAAAGUGGGCAAGGACGGCUCAAGUUGACAUUCGCCAGGAUCAACAAUUUAUCGCAGUUUCACUUUGGUUCACCUUUCGUUUUUCCGGAUCUCCAGAGGAGAUAGAGGAGCAUUGUUCACAACGGAAAAAACAUAUACCGCGGCAUGCAGCUUGCAGU